AUGUCUAUCUAUCUAUCUAUCUAUCUAUCUAUCUAUUUAUUAAAGACAUUUUUAUUUUACUUGUCCGGCAAGUUGAACACAACUCUGUCUCUCCAGCAGCCCGCUCCAUACAACUGUGCCUCGCUGCAUCCCGCUCCAUACGACUGUGCCUCGCCGCACCCCGCUCCAUACAACUGUGCCUCGCCGCACCCCGCUCCAUACUACUGUGUUUCACCAGCAGCACGCUCCAUACAACUGUGUCUCGCCGCAGCCCGCUCCAUACAACUGUGUCUCACCAGGAGCACGCUCCAUACAACUGUGUCUCGCCGCACCCCGCUCCAUACAAAUGUGUCUCACCAGGAGCCCGCUCCAUACAACUGUGUCUCGCCGCAGCCCGCUCCAUACAACUGUGUCUCGCCGCAGCCCGCUCCAUAUAACUGUGUCUCACCAGCAGCCCGCUUCAUACAACUGUGUCUCGCCGAAGCCUGCUACUUUGACCUCAGAAUGAACAAGAUAUCUAUCUAUCUAUCUAUCUAUCUAUCUAUCUAUCUAUCUAUCUAUCUAUCUAUCUAUAUAUUUUCUGCUCAUAUCUAUCUAUCUGAAUCUGUACAUAUCUAUCUAUCUGAAUCUGUACAUAUCUAUCUAUCUAUCUAUCUAUCUAUCUAUCUAUCUAUCUAUCUAUCUAUCUAUCUAUCUAUCUCUGUUCAUAUCUAUCUAUCUCUGUUCAUAUCUAUCUAUCUGAAUCUGUGCAUAUCUAUCUAUCUAUCUAUCUAUCUAUCUAUCUAUCUAUCUAUCUAUCUAUCUAUCUAUCUAUCUGUUCAUAUCAUCUAUCUCUGUUCUGAAUCUGUGCAUAUCUAUCUAUCUAUCUCAGUCUGUUCUAUCUAUCUAUCUGUUCAUAUCUAUCUGUUGUUCAUAUCUAUCUAUCUGAAUCUGUGCAUAUCUAUCUAUCUAUCUAUCUAUCUAUCUAUCUAUCUAUCUAUCUAUCUAUCUGUCUGUCUGUUCAUAUCAUCUAUCUGA